AUGCAGUUAACCAAAGAUGAUCUUAAACCUUCUACUAGCCUUGAAACAGUACAAGUGUCUUCACUACCAUCACACGCUGAGUCAGUUUUUUCCAAUAAAAAUACAAAGGCAUUAAGAGAAAUUGAACCUAAAUGCUCCAACAAACUAUGCAUUAAAGACUGCAAAGUUUUUCUAACAAAAUGUGGAAGUAAGGAAACAAAAAUGUUACUUUCAAAUGAAAUAUCUUCUGAUAGGAGCACCAAGUGUACUGUGAAAUCAGGUUUGGAAUUGAACCCUAGUUUUAGCACAAAAUAUGGAUUUCGGGUGGGCAAAAUUCUUACCAAACGCCGGUGUUUUAAAAAAGUAAACGCACUCCAGUGUAGAUAUGAAAUGUGCCUAAGGAAAGUGAGAAGAGCUGUAAAACGAUACAGCCACUGUGAUACAUCAAUACUGCAAGAAAGGAAAAAACAUAUGAAAGUUGCCUUCUGUCUAGGAAAAAAACAGUCCUAAAGAACGGCGUCUAGUCACAGGAAAGGUGCUCACAGACUAUACAAAACUCCAGAUAGGACCUCUGAAGCCUGUUGGAUUUCCUGCCACUAGGGGUCUUCUCAGUAAAUAUGGGAGUUAUUCAUUAACUCCCAUACGUAUCCCACUCAAGUAA